AAGAAAUUCAUCUUCAGAUAUAUCUUCAUUUGUAAUUUUCAAAAUUCAAAAUUUUAUUUAAAAUUUGAUUGAUAAAAAACUAAAAAAAAAGAAAGCGAGAACAAGGAUGAAGAAGAAGAAGAGGAGAAGGAGGAGGAGGAAGAGGAAGAAGAGUACAUACCUGCCUUGGCUAUUGAAGUAGAGGUCGUCGACGGAGUGCGGCUUAAGCAUCUUCAUCGCAGAUGGCCUGGGGUCUUCAUCGCAAAUCGCGAUUGAUCUGCAUAUCUUGAAAUCAAUAGGUGUUUUGGGAUUUUAUUAGAUGAAAGGUAAAAAAGUAAUUGCGAAUCCUAUUUAGGGAAUAAUAAACUUGUUUUGGAAUUUUAAUACCAUAGUAUGUUUUAUUCGUAUGUAGGACAAUUUUUUCUAAUACAUUAUCACCUCCAAGCCUUCCAGGCACCAAUCCUCCAUGUCCAUCAUGCCUACGGAUUAGGAGGCGAGACUCUCACGUGCGGUUACUUUGAGAAGGGUGUGAUACCACCACGGAGCUGCAUCUCUACUCACCUGGUCUCGAUCUGGUUUAGUAUAAAGGCGGUUCUUUUUUCUUCCGGUGAUCGGUGUUCACUGAAUUUUAGAAUGGAGUCAAAGCGGCGGGUAUUCUCUGUAGAUCUUCUCGAACGGUAUGCCACAAAGGGGCGUGGAGAGAUUACCUGUAUGGCUGCGGGAAACGAUGUCACUGUUCUGGGUACCAGCAAAGGAUGGGUGAUCAGACAUGAUUUUGGAGUCGGCACUUCUGAUGAUAUUGAUCUUUAUGCCGGUAGACCAGGGGAACAGUCUAUUCAUAAAGUUUUUCUUGAUCCUGGAGGUAGUCACUGUAUUGCCACAGUUGUUGGCAGUGGUGGUGCGGAUACAUAUUACAUGCAUGCAAAAUGGGCUAAACCUCGCAUUUUAAGCAAAUUAAAAGGGUCUCUUGUGAAUGUUGUCGCUUGGAACCGACAGCAAAUUACUGAAGCUUCAACAAAGGAAGUCAUUAUUGGGACAGAUAGCGGCCAACUUUAUGAGGUGUAUGUAGAUGCAAAGGAUAAGAUGGAGAAACACAUAAAGUUGCUAUUUGAACUCAAGGAACUACCUGAGUCUUUCAUGGGUUUGCAGAUGGAAACAGCUAGCGUAAACAAUGGAACUAGAUAUUAUGUGAUGGCUGUUACUCCCACACGCUUGUAUUCUUUCACCGGGAUUGGUUCACUAGAGUCUGUUUUUGCUAGUUACGUGGACCGCACCGUUCAUUUUAUGGAACUUCCCGGAGAAAUACCAAACAGUGAACUGCACUUCUUUAUAAAGCAAAGGAGAGCUGUGCAUUUUGCUUGGCUUUCGGGUGCUGGAAUUUACCAUGGUGACCUAAACUUUGGUGCACAUCACAGCUCACCAAGUGGGGAUGAAAACUUUGUGGAAAAUAAAGCUCUUUUAGACUAUUCAAAUCUAUUAGAAGGGACUGAAUCUGUUAAACCAAGUUCAAUGGCAGUGUCUGAGUUUCAUUUUCUUCUCCUUAUUGGAAACAAAGUAAAGAUAGUGAACCGGAUUAGUAAGCAGAUUGUAGAAGAACUUAUUUUUGAUCAAACACAUGAUGCAGUUUCAACAGGAAUUAGUGGAUUAUGCAGUGAUGCAUCUGCUGGGCUGUUUUAUGCUUAUGACCAAAACUCUAUCUUCCAGGUGUCUGUUAAUGAUGAAGCCCGGGAUAUGUGGAAGGUAUACUUGGACUUGAAGGAAUAUGCUGCAGCAUUGGCUAUUUGUAAUGAUCACCUGCAGAGGGAUCAAGUCUAUCUUGUGCAGGCCGAAUCUGCUUUUUCUGCAAAGGACUUCAUGCGAGCAGCGUACUUUUAUGCCAAAAUUACUUAUGUGUUAUCAUUUGAAGAGAUAACACUGAAGUUUAUUAGCAUGGGCGAACAGGAUGCUCUAAGAACCUUUCUUUUGCGGAAGCUUGACAGCCUUGCUAAGGAUGACAAGUGCCAAAUUACAAUGAUUUCUACAUGGGCUACUGAACUAUAUUUGGAUAAGAUCAACCGGUUACUUUUAGAAGACGAGAGUGCUUCAGAGACUCACAACUCGGAAUAUGAAUCUAUAAUUUUGGAGUUUCGUGCAUUUCUAAGUGAUUGCAAGGAUGUAUUAGUCGAAGCGACAACCUUGAAGUUACUUGAAAGCUAUGCUAGAGUAGAUGAAUUGGUCUUUUUUGCUGGCCUGAAGGAGCAAUAUGAGAUUGUCAUUCACCAUUAUAUUCAGCAAGGAGAAGCAAAGAAAGCACUACAAGUCCUUCAGAAGCCUAAUGUAUCUAUAGAUCUUCAGUACAAGUUUGCACCAGACCUUAUCAUGCUUGAUGCAUAUGAAACUAUUGAGUCAUGGAUGACAACAAAAAAUUUGAAUCCAAGAAAACUCAUUCCUGCCAUGAUGCGUUAUUCAAGUGAACCACAUGCAAUGAAUGAAACACACGAAGUUAUAAAAUAUCUGGAGUAUUGUGUGCACCGACUACAGAAUGAGGAUCCUGGUGUGCAUAACCUGCUACUUUCACUAUAUGCGAAAAAGGAGGAUGAGAGUGCUCUCCUGCGUUUCUUGCAAUGCAAGUUUGGGAGGGGCCAGCCAGGUGGCCCCGAAUUUUAUUACGACCCCAAAUAUGCCUUGCGCCUCUGCCUCAAGGAAAAGCGGAUGCGUGCAUGUGUUCACAUCUACAGCAUGAUGUCUAUGCAUGAAGAAGCAGUUGCUCUUGCUUUACAGGUAGAUCCAGAGCUUGCUAUGGCUGAAGCAGACAAAGUUGAGGAUGAUGAAGACUUGAGGAAAAAACUUUGGCUUGUAAUUGCGAAGCAUGUCAUUGAGCAGGAAAAGGGCACAAAGAGAGAGAAUAUCCGGAAGGCGAUUGCAUUUCUCAAGGAAACUGAUGGAUUAUUGAAGAUUGAAGACAUCUUGCCCUUCUUUCCCGAUUUUGCUUUAAUAGAUGAUUUCAAAGAAGCAAUUUGCUCAUCAUUAGAUGACUAUAAUGAGCAAAUUGAAAAAUUGAAGCAGGAGAUGAAUGAUGCAACCCGAGGCGCUGACAACAUUAGAAACGAUAUUAAUGCUCUUGCUCAGCGGUAUGCUGUCAUUGAUCGUGAUGAGGAAUGUGGGGUUUGCAGGCGAAAAAUAUUAAAUAUGGGUGGUGAGUUCGGAAUGGCGAGGGGAUAUACAGCUGUUGCACCAAUGGCUCCUUUCUAUGUCUUUCCAUGCGGACACUCCUUUCAUGCCCACUGCCUGAUUGCACAUGUAACUAGGUGCACCACUCCACCACAGGCCGAACACAUACUGGAUCUGCAGAAGCAGCUAACUUUGCUGGACAGUGAACCCAGGAAGGAGACAAACGGUGCUUUAUCUGAUGAUCAUCCAAUAGCUAGCUUGACACCCAUUGAAAAGAUACGGUCUCAGCUGGACGAUGCCAUCGCUAGUGAAUGUCCAUAUUGUGGUGACUUGAUGAUCCGUGAGAUCUCUAUUCCAUUCAUCCUCCUGCCUGAUGAAAUGCAAGAAGUUACAUCCUGGGAAAUAAUGCCACAUAACCCUGCAAAUCAGUCUCAGAGAGGCAUAUCUUUGACUGUGUGAUGUUUAAUCAAUUAAUCAACAUUCUUUAUUCAGCUCGCUCUCUGGGUGCAAAUUGGAAAAUGCAUAAUAAAUUUCAUCUAAA